UAAUUCGAUGAACACUAAAUUGUAAAUACUGCCAUCUAUGUUUGUGUUCUGACAACUAAGUUGAUUUGUAAUAGGCGUUUAUUGUUAUCUCACUCACUCGCAUUCCCAUCUCAUUCGACUCGCUGCCACUUGCUGUCGCCGCUGCUGUCAUUUUCAUAGUUCCUUAGUUAGUUUCUUACUAAGUUAUUUAACUUUACUGUGCCGCGAUGUUUUCCACGCUGUGUCGUUGUUUCUAUAUUCUAAUUUUUUAAGUGUGUCAGCGCGGAUACUUUGUCGAAAAAUUGAAGUGAUAUGUGUUAAAUUUUUGGCAGUGAUUUAUUUCUUAGAGUUUUACGAAACCUUGUUUAUAAAAGUUUGGUCAAUCAAAGUUUACACGGGAGUGGUUGUGCGUGUGUGCGUGUUGUCAUGUCUCAGAAAACCUUUUCAAUCAUCACUUGAACUGGAUCAAAGGUUCUUGGUCGGAGCCGGAUAAGUGUCUGCGAAAAUGGAGCCAAGUUACGUAGACGAACGAGAAGACGUACAAAAAAAGACAUUUACGAAAUGGAUAAACUCUCAGCUAGUGAAGAACGACAAGCCGCUGGUGGAGGACUUGUUCCUGGACCUGCGGGACGGGGAGGUGCUGCUGUCUCUGCUCGAGAUCCUCACGGCCCAGCAGUAUAGACGCGAGCGGGGGCGCAUGCGCGUGCACCACAUCAACAACGUCAACACGGCGCUGCACGUGCUGGACUCCAACGGAGUCAAGCUCGUCAACAUCAGCAGCAACGACAUCGUCGACGCCAACCCUAAGCUGACCCUCGGGCUGGUGUGGAGCAUCAUCCUACACUGGCAGGUGCACUACCAUCUCAAGGAGCUGAUGUCGGAGCUGCAGCAGACCAACCUGGAGAAGACUCUGCUGGCCUGGUGUCGCACACACACACAGAACUACGCGGGCGUGAAUAUAAAGAACUUCACGACGUCGUGGUCGGACGGGCUGGCUUUCAACGCGCUGCUGCACCGCUGGCGGCCGCAGCUGUUCGACUACGCCAGCGUGGUGGCGCGGCCGGCGGGCGCGCGCCUGGACCACGCCUUCCAGCUGGCGCACGACCACCUCGGCAUCGACCGCCUCCUCGACCCUGAAGAUGUGAACACUCCGAACCCCGACAAGAAGUCGAUCAUGAUGUACGUGAUGUGCCUGUUCCAAUCGCUGCCGCACUCCAGCGAGGACGUGGCCGACCUGGACAGCAUCCACUCCGAGCCGGGCACGCCCGUCGCCACGCAACCUCCCGAGGUGGCGGGCAGCCGGCCGCUAUCCACGGCCACGACGGGGUCCGGCGAGCUCGGCGGAUACUACGGCGCCUUCGAGGACGUGCUGGGCUGGCUGCUGGAGGCCGAGGAGCGCCUGGCCGCCGCGCCCGCGCCCGCCGGCGACGAGCUGGCGCCGCUCAAGGCGCACUUCCACGCGCACGAGCGCUUCCUGUUGGAGCUGGCGGCGCAGCAGGCGCGCGUGGGCGGCGUGCUGGACGAGGGCGCGCGCCUGUUGCGCGAGGCGGGGCUGGCGCACGACGAGGCGGCCGAGGUGCGGCUGCAGCUGCGUCUGCUGGGCCAGCGCUGGGAGGCGCUGCGCCGCGCCGCGCUGGCCACGCAGGCGGCGGGCCACGCGGCGCUCAUGCGCGCGCAGCUGGCGCAGCUGGCCGCCUUCCGGCGCUGGCUGACGCGCACGGAGGACCGCAUGUCGCGCCUGCCGCGCGGCCUGCGCGCGCAGCUGGCGGCCGUGCGCGCGCUGCACGCCGACCUGCGCGCGCACCAGCCCACGGUGGACGCGCUAGCCGACUGCGUCAUCGUCGUGGACGACGACGCGCAAGACGCCGGUACGUAGCGUACGCUGUGCCUGUAUAUAUGUCAAAGGUGGGAGUGUGACGUGGCUCAGUUUGAUACUUGGUGUGCGGCAGGCGUGACGGAGAUAGAGGACGAGCUGACCGCGCUCAGCGAGCGCUGGUCGCACACGUGCCAGUGGACCGUGCAGCAGCUGGAGCGACUGAGCGCGCUGGAGGCGCAGUGCGCGGAGCUGGACCGCCAGCACGCCGCGCUGCUGGGCGCCGCCGACGCCUGCGAGAGCGAGCUCAAGCACAUGGAGGCGCACCCCGCCGCCGACGUGGGCGCCGGGCUGCGCCGCCUGGCCGACCUGCGCCGCCUGCGCGCCGCGCUGCGCCGCCACCAGCGCGCCGCCGCGGCGCAGCUGGACGCGGCCGCGCGCCUGCAGGCGCAGGAGCCGGACGCCGGCGCGGCGCCGCCCGAGCGCGCCGAGGCGCUGCACGACCGCCUGGACGCGCUGCUGCUCAUCCUGCACGUGCAGGCGCAGCGGGUACGGCUCUUAUUAGUCAAUUAAUAAAUAAAUAGAUAGAAGGAAGCCCUUCCAGGAUUGAAAGAUGUCGAAUUUCCGUGGUUUUACGUCAUAUGAGAAUUGUAAUGGAAGCGGAGUUUGGUUCUCAGUUAAAGGACCUGGGCUUCGACAUCGACUCGGACUCUGCGUCCGAAGGCGAGGCGGAGACGUCGCGCGACGAGCCGCCCAGCGACAGCAAGAAGCCGCGACUGGCGGGGGACGCGCAGCCAGACUUCCAGUUAGGAUACAAGUCCUUCGAGACCUGGGCUACCAACGCCGAGAAAACGCUCGAAGAUUGCAAGCGAGAACUGGAAAAUACAAGUGGCAAAGUGGAAAUCUCGGAACUUUUGGAACGCCUGGAAAAGGAAAUGGAAACGCAGCGGGCGGACUUUGCGAACGUGGAGGAGAUACAACGGAGACUGGCGGCCGAGGCCGGGCUGCAGGAAGAGGCGGAGCGACACGCCGACAGUAUCCGCCAGCUCAAGGCGCGCUGGGACAGCAUCGCAGCCGCCCUCGCGGACAUACGCGCCGCACAGGCCGCCGAGCUGGCGGCCGGCGAGCUGGAGUCCGAGCUGCUGGAGCUGGAGCGCGAGCUGAACGAGCUGCGCGCCGCCGCCGCGCGCCUGCUGGCCGCGCGCGCGCACCACAACCAGCGCGUGCACCUGCGGCCGCGCCAGCGCACCGCGCGCGCCCUGCUGGCGC